AUGACUGCUUCAGUUAAGGUGUUGGUAUUUCUGGUUGUCGUCUUUCUGGCCAUCAGAAUCGCCAACGCAGUGAUGGCCGCAAUAUCCAUAAUGCAUAUUUCAGUGGAGGAAUUCAUCCUCUCCGGCACCUAUGUAUGCAACAUCGACUACCCGGGAGAUACAGUACUUCUGUAUACCAUCACUUGGAUACUCGCCCUUGCAUGGGAGGUCCUUCUGCUGUGUCUCGCAGUCCGGAUUACUGUAAAGCACUCGCGUGAACUGCGACAACACUCACCAAGAGGGAUUAUUGGGGACUGUUUCGCUGCGCUAAUGAAAACUCACGCGGGUUAUUUUGCGAGUUUUCUUGCAGUUUCUUGUUUCUACGUCGGUUUUUCUUCUCCGACGCUCUCAGCGGUAUGCUGAUUUGUCGUCGACCUCUGCAUGCAGCCAUAAUUCAUCAUUUCCCUUAGAAC